AUGGCUCUCGCACGCAUCGACUCACCCCAACGCUCCACGGAGUCCCAUGAGCAACAGCGCCCUCAGCUGUACAUGAUUGACAAGUUUCAUCCGGAAGCGGUAAAGCAUGCGCAGCAACUGUUCGACGUCGUUUUGCCCACCAAUCCUGAGAUCCAGAACUGGGAGAACAAUGCGCAGUACCUCCUCGUCAAAGGAUCAUAUAUCACAGCCAGUCAGGUAGCGGUAGCUAAGAGACUUCGAGCCAUCGGAAAGCAAGGCGUCGGUUUAGACAAGAUCGACGUGGAGGCCUGCUCAAAGGCGGGGAUCAAAGUGUUCAACACUCCAGGCGCGAACGCAGGAUCGGUCGCGGAACUCGUGCUCGGCUUGACAAUGGCUGUGGCGAGACAGAUAGGCUCGAUACAGGUCGAACAGCAUUCCGGACAGCUCGUCCCCAAGGAAACGUGUCAAGGUCAGACCGUGCGAGGAAAGACCUUGGGACUGAUAGGCAUGGGCAACAUCAGCAAAGAGGUUGCUCGUAUCAUCCGUGGCGCAUUCGAUGCAGAUAUCGUUGCUUUCGAUCCUUAUCUUCCGACUGGAGCAUGGCAGGAUAUUGAGCAUGUUCGCCUGAGUACUGUGGAAGAGGUUCUGCGUGCAGCAGAUAUCUUGUCGAUCCAUGUUCCGUUGACCUCGGAAACACGAGACCUUAUCCGUCUGGCAGAGAUGCGACUGCUUCGACCGACCUCGAUCAUCAUCAACGCAGCAAGAGGCGGUAUCGUCAACGAAGAUGAUCUUGCAGUAGCUUUGGAGGAGGGUAUCGUCUGGGGAGCGGGCCUCGACUGCCACGUGGAAGAGCCGCCGUCAAAGGAUAGAUAUGGUCGUCUGUGGAGGCAUCCGCGGGUAGUCAGUACGCCGCAUAUUGGCGCCGCUACUUCGGAGACGCAGCGAGAUACUGCCAAGGCAGCCAUCGAUCAUGUAUACCACUAUGCAACGGAAUCGCGGUUCCAAAGAUAG